UUACAGAAGCAAAGCGCAUAGUAUAAGGAAUACUGUGCUUGUCUGGUUGCUCCAUGUGACAUAUUUCAUUGCCUCCACUUUGGCAUUAAAGUCUCCUACUUUGCUUCCUUUCCUCUUUUCACACACACUAAAAGUUUUAAUGCUACCAUUCUCCCCUCCCCCAAUGCCCACACAACUUUUUAUCAUCUUGUCUAAAAUUCAGAUCCAAUUGAGGCUUUAAAUCUUGGAAAGAAGCCUCAUUAGAUCUUCAGAUCAAAAGAGAGUCAUAGAUUUCAGUACAUAUGGCUCCACUUCCACACUCUUGCAGCUUUACUAAGGUACUUUUAGUACUUUGUCUUGUUUUUGUAUCACUCACUCUUUCAUUCAUUCCUGCACAUAGUAGUGAGAAUAAUGUUAGAAGCAGAAGAAUGUUGGAGCUAGAAAAUGAGUCAAAGCCAAUUAAGAAGAAAAUCAGUACAACUUCACCUUCCAAGAACCAAACCAAACUCAUCAAAUCAACCACUAACUCUUCCAAGAAUCAAACCAAGCAAAUCAAGACUUCUUCUUCUUCUUCUUCUUCUUCUUCUUCUUCUAGCUUUGGUUCUACCAAGAACCAAACCAAGCUUUCAAAAUCAAAACUUUCCAUUUCUGAUUCACCAACCAAGAAUAAAACCAAGCUUGUCAAGCCAAGUUCCAAUCCUAGUACUACCAUUACUAAAUCAGAUAAACCUACCUUCAAAUCCCAGCUCCAAAAGAAGCUCAAUCCCACUCCAUCCAAGUCCUCAAAUUCAACCAAAAUCACUCCUUCCACCACCAAGAAAUCCUCAGAUCUGACCAAAAAUAUCUCAACCUCAUCUCCCAAGAACAAAACAACCAAAGCCACUAAACCCCAAGUAGAAAAAGGCCUCAGUAGUGAGUCCAAAUCCAUAACCCCAAAUAAAAACCAGCCCACUACCAAAACAGCCAAAUCCACUAAACCCCAACUGGAAAAAAAAGACACCAAUGAGUCCAAAUCCAAAACACCAACCAAUAAAAACCAGCCCAUAGACAAGAAAGCAAAGACACAACAAGCAACACCAAAAAAAUCACAAUACAGCUGGCUUGAAGAUGAUGAAGAUGACUUUAUUUCUGGAUUUACAGAUUUACCCUCAAAAUUUCACGAAACACUUCUGCCAGAUUUGGAAAAAAUUUCCAAAACCUCACAGGUUUACCUCAACAAAGCAAACAAAGAAAUCACCAAGAACUUCAAACCUUAUGUAGGUAACAAAUAUGCACCAACAAUAGCCUCUAUAAUCUCAUUUGCAUUCAUUUUAAUCCCUCUCAUCCUUGUUUCACUCAUUUUCAAUAAAAUUAAAGCCUAUUUUUCUCUCCAAAAGCUCUUAAUUUUCAUCCAAGUAUACCUUUCCAUUUACUUCUCAAUCCUUUGCCUUUCCUCUUUAAUCACUGGCUUGGAACCACUAAAGUUUUUCUAUGCAACUGCACAAUCCACUUACAUAUGCUUACAAGUGUUGCAAACUCUAGCAUAUGUGUUGUACCUUUUGAUGUUACUAAUGUAUUUGAUCUUAGUGUUUUCCACUGAGACUGGGCCUACAACAAAAAUCAUUGGGCUGGCCCAAACAAUUGUGGGCUUUGCUGUUGGGCUUCAUUAUUACAUGACAGUGUUUCAUAGAGCUGUGUUACAUCAACCACCUAAGACAAAUUGGAAGGUUCAUGCUAUUUAUGCAACAUUUUUUCUUGUGAUUUGCUUGUCAAAUAGUGCAGAUAGAAGAAAGAAAGCUUAUUUAGUAGAAGGUGGUGAAGUGGAGAAAAAGAGCUAAACUUUUUUUUUUUUUGGUUUACCUUUUUGUUUUUUUACUUAAUGGUCUAUAGUUUUUCUAACCAUAUGGCAAAAAAAGGGGAGGAAAAAAAGAUUUUCGUUGUCCAACAUUUAAUAUUUUCUUUUUUAUAUAUAUGUUGCAAUUUGUAAUUUAUUAGUAAGAUGUUACUACUAUUAAUAAAUUAUGGAAUUCAUUUUA